CCUGCCUGGCGCACAUGCUCUUGUGCUAUCGCUCUCUUGGCAUUUAUCUGGGAUUUUUUUUUUAAAUCAAAGCAACUUUCAUCAACUAUUUGGUUGCUCGAAAUCCAGCUUCUCUGGAAAACUCAGGAUAGAACACUUUAUCCUUUCCCUUGUCAACUUUCAGAAGAAUCACCUAGUCCCCACGUACCCUAUAGGGUUCCUUUUAAUGUCAUUUGCAGUUGCUGCCAGUGCCACUCAAUAGUUAAGCUCAUUUUCUGUAGAUUUUUUUUUAACGUUCUGUGUAGGCAAUCAUAUUUUUUUCUAUGUCAAGUCUUAGAAUUUUUCUUAUUUUUACAGUGGCUAAGAAUAAGUGUUACAUAGGAUGUUUUAAAUCAUGUUAUCGUGAAAAAUUUCAAGCAUACCAAAAAAACUUAAAGGAUUGUAUAGUAAAAACCCAUAUAUGGACCAUAUAGCUUCUACAGUUUUUAUUUUACUAGAUCUUUUCCUUUAUAUAGUUAAUCUCUUCAUCUCUCUAUGCGUCUAUUGAUCCAUCAUAUAUUUUGACGCAUUUUGAAGUUAAUGUCACAUAUCCGUGAACUUCAGUAUGCAGGUCAUUAACUAGAGCUCAGUGAGUGCUCAGGUUUUUCUCCCUCGACAAGGAAUCCACGCACAAUGAGAUGCUCCAGUCUUAAGUAUAGAGUUUUAGAGUUUGACAAAUGCAUGCACCCAUGCAAUCCAAAUCCCCAUCAUUCCCAUUUAUGCAAAGGUAGGAGACUCAUCUGCUCCGAGACUGAGCCUGGGUAGGAAUUUACGGGACUUUGUGGCUCCACCAGGAGGGAAGUCCUGCUCAGUUGGCAGCUCUCUGCAGACAGCUGUGUCCUGUUUGUCCCAUACUCAGGAUCCUUGAUUCCAGUGGCCCGUGCUGAAGGGCCAUCAUGAAUGGUGAACGACAGCUGGAGGACUCAGCAGGUCUGAAAAAUGAAAUCAAAAUAAGUCAAACGAAAGCAGGUCUUCGGUGGUGACUAUCGGGGAGACUUCUGCACGCUGAGGCUGCAGCGUCUUCUGUAACGACGUGAUGGGUCUUUCCACCUCUCUGUUGUUAGUAACGUAAGGCACAGACGUCACGUUCUUACCACUUUAUGUCCAAAAGAAAACGGCUUGUGUUCCCGGCUCCUUUGCAGCACGGCCUGUGCUGGCGAGCCACCUUCCGCCCUUGUGCUGCUCCUGCUGGCGGGGUCAGUGCUUCUUCCUUUCACACCUGUGCUGGGACUGCCGGUGCUUGAUCUCCUCAGAUCUUUGUGUCAGCAUCCUCUCUGAAAGCUUACGGACUCUUGGUUCUGAUCUCAGAACAGAUCGUUGCAUGAGGUGGAAGAGUCUGCGUUGGGUUCUCUGCUUCCCACCUCUGUCGUUUCUGACAAGAAGUCAGCUCUCAUUUGUCCUCUCAUUUCUCCAAAUGUCAGGCUGCCUUUUUCUCUAACUGCUUGGGAGGUUUUGUCCUUGGGUUAUCACAGUUUGUAUUAGGCUUCUUUGUGGCCUUUUUUGGAUACUAUCUUAUGAUUCUCUAAGGUUCUUGAACUUGUCUUUUACCAAGUUUGAUCAUUUUUGACAAUAUAUUUUAGGGUUUUUUUUCUGCCCAUUUCUCUCCUUCUAAGAUUCCAGUUACAUGUAUGUAGGACCUUUUGAUGAUGCCCCACCAGUUCCUGAGAGUCUGUUCUUUUGUUAUUCAGUCUUUAAAAAAAAAAAAUUAGUAGGGGCACCUGGGUUUCUAGGGAUGCCUGGGGGGCUCAGUCAGUUAAGUGUCCCACUGUUGCUUCCUGCUCAGGUCGUGAUCUCAGGGCCUGGGAUCUAGCAUCAGGCUGUGUGCUCAGCGUGGAGUCAACUUGAGAUUUUCUCUGCCCCCUUGCCCCCACCCACUCAUAUGUGCUCUCUUCCUACAAUAAAUAAAUCUUUUUUAAAAAUCUGUUAUUAAAAAAAAUCUGUUAUUCAUAUUGAAUAACUUCAGUUGAGCUAUUUUCAGGUUCACCACCUUUUUGUUCUCUGUCCUCCCAACUGCUAUUACGUUAAUCUAGUAAAAUUUUAAUUUCAGGUAUUUUCCUUUCCAAUUCUAGAAUUUGCUUGGUUCUUUUCUUAUGCUUCUGUUUCUCUGCCCAGUUUCCCUAUCUCUUUAUGCCUUAUGGGCAUGUUUUCCUUUGUAUCCUUGAACACACUUACAUGGAGCCUCACUGUGUGCUCGCGGAGCUUGCAUUCUGGGCGCAGCGUGAAGAGAGAAGGAGAACAGAGAAGGGGAAGAAGCGAGAUAUGCUGUCUGUGGCGUGGCGAGUGUGCUGUUCGGAUGGGAGUCCCAGCUUCUGGAAACAGGAUUCCUGGGGAUCUUCCUCUGCCCUCUCUGGACUCUGUCUCAAUUGCCCAGGGGGACCCCCCCGUCCCAGAUCGUUCUGUGGGGCUUCCGGUGGCUGAUUUUCAGAAUCAUGCUUGGAGCAGGCCUGAUCAAGAUCCGGGGAGACCAGUGCUGGCGGGACCUCACCUGCAUGGACUUCCACUACGAGACGCAGCCGGUGCCCAACCCCGUGGCCUACUUCCUGCACCAGUCGCCGUGGUGGGUUCAUCGUGGGGAGACACUCGGCAACCACUUCGUGGAGCUCGUGGUGCCCUUCUUCAUCUUCCUGGGCCGGCGGAUGUGCGUCCUGCAUGGGGCCUUACAGAUCCUGUUCCAGGAGGACGUAAAGAAUGAACGUUCUCGGCCAGCGAGCGUCCUUCCAGAGGAGCGGCUUCAGGCCUGGGUUUCCGCGGGGGUGUCAGCGAGGAGCCAGGGGCGACACCGUGUCCCGACAAUGCAAGGAACCCGUGGGUGUGAAAGGGUGGCCGGGCCCAGCAGGCACCCGAGGACCCGCUGGCAGGGCUCCCUCGAGGCGCACCAAGACCGCUGCAGCGUCCCGCAGGCACACGCACAGGUGAUCCUUAUCAUCAGCGGGAACCUGAGCUUCCUCAACUGGCUGACCAUGGUGCCCAGCGUGGCCUGUUUCGAUGAUGCAACUCUGGGGUUCUUGUUUCCCUCUGGGUCUGGUGGCCUGAAGUACCGAGUCCUGAAGAUGCAGGAGGAGGCUGCCCGAGGGGCCCCAACCCCCCUGAGAUACGGCUGCAUGGUACGGCGGGCAGUGCACCUGGCGCUGGCUGCCCUGGUGGCCUGGCUCAGUGUCCCCGUGGUCCUCAACCUGCUGAGUCCCACCCAGAUCAUGAACACCUCCUUCAAUCCUCUGAGGAUCGUCAACACGUACGGCGCCUUUGGAAGCAUCACCAAGGAGCGAACGGAGGUCAUCCUACAGGGCACGGCCGCCCCCAACGCCAGCUCACCCGAUGCCGUGUGGGAGGACUACGAGUUUAAGUGCAAGCCGGGCGACCCAGGGCAGCGGCCGUGCCUCAUCUCCCCCUACCACUACCGCCUGGACUGGCUCAUGUGGUUCGCGGCCUUCCAGACCUACGAGCACAACGAGUGGAUCAUCCACCUGGCAGGCAAGCUCUUGGCCAACGAUGCCUCAGCUCUGUCCCUACUGGCCAUCAACCCUUUCGAGGGCAGGGCGCCCCCCAGGUGGCUGCGGGGAGAGCACUACAGGUACAAGUUCAGCCGCCCUGGGAGCUCACACGCCGCCGCAGGCAAGUGGUGGCUCCGGAAGAGGAUCGGCCCCUACUUCCCCCCCGUCAGCCUCCGGGACCUGGAGGACUACUUCCGCUCCCGGGAGUGGCCGCACCCGGCCGUGGAUGUGGACUAGAGCCGCCCGGGCACCGACGAAUAAAGCCCGGCCUGGCCGCGUGAGUGGAGUCUCGUGCGCCGGGCAGCGCCGCCCACUGUCCUGGAAGCGCCCUGGGGGGCGGCGGGUCCCUGGGAGCAACUCUCCUGGCCUCUCCAGGCAGCCCCAGGCACCAGGGGCAGCUAAAGACCUGUGUGCCUGGCACGGCUACGAGGAAGCUGCCAGUCCCUGCUGGUGCCCCCACGUCGGGCGGGCCCCGCCCUCCUCCCUGCCCGCAGCCGCCUCAGGACCUUCAUGCCGCCCCGAGGCCCGGCGCCCAGAAGCGGGCACAGAAGCCCUUUGUUCCUGCCUGGGCAGGGCUCCUCCCCUGCUCUGCGGCCCCGGCCCCCCCAGCCUCAAACCCCGGGGCACAGCCAGGGCCGGGGUGCCCACAGCGGCCAUUCCGAGGCCCCGCGGGCACGAGUGAAGCUAACUACCCUUGCCUGGAGGCCUCUGCCCUGUGAGCUGGGGUGGCCCCAGGGCCCUACCGCCUGACCUUCGUGGGGAGCAAACAACUCCCGCCCAGGGAGAGGUCUCUCUGCUGAAGCAACAGCCAAGCACUGGGUGGCACAGCCCCCCCCCGGCCCUGGACAGUCCCCCCUUCUCAGCCGGGCAGCAGCAGGCACCCCCUCCCUCCCCCCACACCGUCCAGAGGGCCGGGCUGCAGCAGGGAGGGUCCCGGCGGGAACGAGGUGGGCACAGUGCGGGUCUGUGUGGGGCCAGCGGUCCAGGUGCCGACAGAGGGGCCGUGUUCCUGCUCGCAGGCAAACAGGCUCCCUGUGUCUGUCAGCACAGACCCGGCCUCAGAGCAGAGCCUGGAGCCAGCAAGUCUGCCCGCGGCAGCCGCAUGGAGUUGACCACCGGCCUGCUGUGCCCUGGGCAGCCCUGCCCUGGGGGCUGUCCUAGGAGUCCUGCCAACGGGUGGGGGCCCCGAGGACCGAAGAAGCCGGUGCCUUGGCUUGGGUGCCACCCCCCAGGACCACAGCAGGGCCCUGCCACCCCUCCUGCUGUACCCAGAACCCCUGCCCGGUGGCUCCUCCCUGGGCCAGCUGUGCCCCCCAGGCCCCCCACGAUCCUUGAGAGCCACACAAUGCUCAGGCCUUGGGGCACAUGGGGACACUUCAGGGGACCCCAGGUCCAGGCACUGGGCCCUCUGACCGAAGACCCCCCCAGAUCUCCUCCCACAGCCUCCACCCACGAGUCUGCAGACAGCUUCAGAGCCAACCCCGAGGCCCGCGGCCUCCUGAGACUGCAUCCCUCCUCCACCCAAAGCCCUCUGUGGCUCCCCUGCCUCACCGAGCACACGCCGGGG